AUGUCUGCACAGCAGGGACCUUUCAAGCCCGACGGAAGGCCAGGAGAAGUCCGUUUCGAUUCAUUCACGGACGCUUCCGCUCAUAAUACCUUUGCAAGCUCUGAUUCUCCCUCAAAUACCACUUCGUUUCGGCAAGAAGUCGCUUCAAAUGUCCAAUCUGAGAGUGACGUUCUGCAUCAACCGAACCUGAAGGAGGUUCUUACUAUGCGAGCGCCUGAUCUUCAAAAGCAGUACCCAGGUCUGAACCUCACUGGUCGCAUCAUCAGCGCCGCUUUCUGUAUCCCACACAAACUCUACUUUAGGUCGGGUCACGACUGGGAGUUGAAACCUCGCCCCGGAGCUUCUGCUCUAUUUGACUCAUUCGCAUAUUUAGCUUCCAAUAAGUCAGGCUGGGAUCAUACCCUGGUUGGGUGGACAGGAGAAGUAGAGCCGCUUGAGGAAGCAAGCAGUCUUUUACAGGCGCUUGACACCAAUACCGACCUCAGGUUGCCUGCGGCGCUUGAUAACGCUACGCGAUCUCUCAACAAGGGGUCAGCACCUGUGUUGCCCGACGCUAGCAUGCUGCAAUCACAUAAUGUCGCCGCAGAAACCUCCGCAGUGGGCCCUGCUGAUCGAGAACGGCUGGAAAAACAAUUGAGCUCAAGUCGCCACGGUAAAGUCGUUCCAGUUUGGCUAUCAGACGAAUCUGAAGUGCCCGAAGACACGAUCAAUCUGGACGACCAAAGCCGAUGGAGGCGUUAUGCUGAGAGAGAGCUUUAUGCUCUGCUGCAUUAUAAACAGAACGGGCCCACGGAUGGCAGGUCCGAACGCGAUUCGUGGGCGGACUACGUGAGGAUGAACCAGCUCUUUGCCGAGCGUAUCAUUCAACAAUACAAGGAGGGAGAUAUCGUUUGGAUUCAUGAUUAUCACCUAUUCCUACUGCCAAGCAUUUUGCGACAGCACAUCCCGAACAUCUAUAUUGGUUUCUACCUUCACUCGCCAUUUCCUAGCAGCGAGUUUAUGCGGUGUCUAGCCAAACGAAAGGAGAUACUCACAGGUGUGCUUGGUGCUAACAUGAUCGGGUUCCAAACAUUCUCCUAUUCUCGCCACUUUUCGUCGUGCUGUACUCGUGUGCUAGGGUUCGAGUCUAACUCGGCUGGUGUGGACGCAUACGGUGCCCAUGUGGCAGUGGAUGUCUUUCCUAUUGGUAUCGAUGCUGAAGCGAUACAAAAGAUUGCCUUCGAGAGCCCGGACACUGAACAGGCAGUAGCAGGGCUGCGAAAGUUAUACGCCGGCAAGAAAAUCAUUGUUGGCCGUGAUCGACUAGACAGUGCCCGUGGUGUUGCUCAGAAGCUCCAAGCAUUCGAGACCUUCCUGGAGCGGUUCCCUGAGUGGCAAGACAAGGUCGUGCUCAUCCAGGUCACCAGCCCGACAAGUGUUGAGGAAGAGAAAGAAGAGCACAAGAUUGCGAGUCGCAUCUCAAACCUAGUUGAUACGAUUAAUGGUCGUUUCGGCUCAUUGAGUUUCUCCCCCGUCAAAUACUACCCUCAGUAUCUCUCCCCGCACGAGUACUUCGCGUUGUUACGGGCGGCCGAUGUUGGUCUGAUCACGACAGUCCGCGAUGGCAUGAAUACGACGAGCUUGGAAUACAUCAUCUGCCAGCAGGGCAAUCACAGUCCGCUUAUCCUCUCCGAAUUCUCUGGGACAGCAGGUGCAUUGUCCAGUGCAAUUCAUAUCAACCCGUGGGAUACUAUCGGGGUCUCGGAAGCAAUCAACACAGCUCUGACAGUACCUAUCGCAGAGAAAAAGGAACAGCACUUGAAGCUGUACAAGCACGUUACGACAAAUACGGUUUCAGCCUGGUCCAACCAGUUCAUCUCUCGUUUGCUUACCAAUCUCUCUUCCUUUGAUCAAUCCAUGGCGACCCCGGCUCUUGACAGGACCAAGCUCCUGAAGCAAUAUCGCAAAUCCCGGAAGAGGCUAUUCAUGUUUGACUACGAUGGUACUCUUACGCCGAUCGUGAAGGACCCCCAAUCUGCUAUUCCAUCAGACCGUGUUCUGCGAACGCUCAAAACUUUGGCUGCAGAUCCUCGAAACGCGGUGUGGAUCAUUAGUGGUCGUGACCAGGCCUUUUUGGACGAAUGGAUGGGCCACAUCCCUGAACUCGGACUGAGCGCUGAGCAUGGUUGUUUCAUGCGAAUGCCAAGAUCAGAUAAUUGGCAAAACCUAGCGGAGUCUACCGAUAUGGGCUGGCAGAAGGAAGUCAUGGACAUUUACCAACACUUUACCGAGCGCACACAGGGGUCUUUUAUUGAGAGGAAGAAGGUGGCCCUAACCUGGCACUACCGACGCGCCGAUCCUGAAUAUGGCGCAUUCCAAGCGCGAGAAUGUCGAAAGCAGCUGGAAGAGCAUGUGUCCAAAACAUGGGAUGUGGAAGUCAUGGCUGGCAAAGCUAACCUCGAGGUUCGGCCGAAAUUCGUUAACAAAGGUUUCAUAGCGAAGCGGUUGGUGGAGGCAUAUGAUGAUGGGAAGGUUCCCGAAUGCAUUUUUUGUUCCGGCGAUGACUUCACAGAUGAAGACAUGUUCCGUGCCUUGAAGAAGUUUGACUUGCCGGCAGACAUUGUUUACACAGUCACUGUUGGUGCAAGCUCGAAGCAGACAGAGGCGGGCUGGCACCUCCUGGAGCCCAGUGACGUUAUCGAGACGAUCACGAUGCUCAACAAUUGUUCCUCCGGGCAGGAAUAUUAG